GGUACGCGAGCGCGCGCGCGCGAGAGCGAGACAGGCUGAGAUUUCGUUGCGAUAUUCCAACGAGCGAGAAACCGAAGCGUGCGAACACCGCGGUUGAGAUACUCGGCGCGCGGGCGCGAAUACGUGACGCGUGGGACGUCGCUAGGGAUAAACCCAGAAGUGUCGCGUCCCGUUCCGUACCGUCGCCGAUUAUCCGCGAGCGGCAGCCGCCGACGUCUUCGCCGUUGCUGCCGUUGCCGACGGCUCACUCGCGCGCGCGCGCGCGCGCGCCUGCCCCUUGCGGUCUUUUGGUGGCCGUCGCGUGGUGCGACGUUCGGUGCCGAGCACGUCGGUCCGAAGCGAAGUAGUGCGCGGAUCGCGCACGCGGCGCGAAUCGCCGCGUUCAGCCGAUGGAUUUUAAAUGAUCGACGACGGAGGAGCGGACGGGUGUCGUUGCCGUUGUCGUCGUCGCCGCGCGUUGGUGACGGUUUGGGGUGCUGCACGCUCGUCGGCGGGAUCGUCAUCGUUGUCGCGCCGAGCACAAAGGCUCGAGGGGCCCACCGCCGAUGUUGUAACGUACGGAUGCCAAGAUGGAAGAGCAGCGUAGCGUCCACGGCUGUAUCGGCGAUAUAAAUAGUGCGGAGGCGGCCAAAAUAAUUAUACCGCGCAAGAAGAGGACGUGCCUGGUCGGCGCGGCCUGCAACGAUCCCGCGCUCAACGCCGCCGCCCAGCAGCUGAAAGUGCCUGUGCUCAAGUCCGAAACCGGCGCGGAGCAUGUCGAGGACACGACCUACAACACUUACUUCAUACUCAAGCAGUUCGAGGGGGCCGAGUAUGAUGCCCUGUGCAAGAGCGCUCAUAGAAUACUGGGGCCUACAGCCCUGCUGCAGCUGGCGGAGAGGAAGGAAUCGCUGCCCAGUAUCAAGAGACCGAUGUACACGCAGUCCAUGGUGGGCGCGAUAGUGGUGUUUAGCGGUUUUCGAGCGCGCGAGGACGAGCUGCGCAAGUUAGCUACUAUGAUUCUUAGUAUGGGAGGUAGCAUCCGCAAGGACAUGGGCAUCAAAGUGACGCACCUUAUUGCAAACCAUUGCAGUGGGGAGAAGUACAGAUACGCCGACACAUUCGGGUUGCCGAUCAUGUCGGUGGAAUGGGUGGUAGCGUUGUGGAAUGCCAAAGAUGAUACCACCAUCUACGCGAGCAACGACGAACUGGUGGCGACUUACAAGUUGAAGCCGUUUUAUGGAGCGAGAGUGUGCUUCUCUGGCUUCCCCGAGGAGGAGAAGAAACACAUGUGCGAAGUUCUGGAGCAGCAAGGUGGCGAACCCACGGAGAUUGACGAUCCACAUUGUACACACGUGGUGGUAGACGUAGAUGGUCCACUCUACAAGAAAUCCAGCAAUACUAAAUCACCGCACCUUGGGAAUCCACCCGUGGAUCCGUUUCCCUCGACGUACUUUAAACCAGUCCCCUUGCCUCUUUGUAAGCCUUACUCAAAGGUGACGCGUAGUAAUGCGACAGACGCUGACGCUUGUAAUCGCAGCAACGUGUCGAACAACGCCGGCGACAGCGUAAAAAUCGGAGACGGUCACUCGUCGUUGGAAAACGUCUCGCCCGUCUUGCGUCCGUUCGAGGAACAGAAUGCCUGGAACGAUUUUCUUUCGAGCAACCACGCCAGCCACGAUUCCGCCGUUCGCAUAAACGACAAUAAUUCCUGCCUGCAGAAUUCGAUCAUCAAGUCUGGCAACGUGUUUCAUCCCUUUGCAGAGCAAAGCGAUUCCGGUAUAGACAUAAGCAAGUCGUCGAAUCUGUCGGCCGCGUUCCCCAUGCUGGACAAGUGCUCGGUUCCGAUCGCGUCGACGUUGCUUAGCAGAAAAAGCAUGAAAUUUAGCAUCUCCGAGAGCUCUUUGUUCAGCAGCGAGCAGUCUCUGUGCGAGACCGCGCCGAGCUCCCCCGUUAAACCCCCGCGCGACGUGAAAUCGUGUACGUCGUACGAGAAGAACAACGCGCGCGUCUGCGCGUCAUCGAUGAGCGACAGCACGCUGUCCUUAAAGUAUCGCAAAAAUAUUCAUUACAUACAGAAUAACACCCUGUCCCUGAGCAAGAUCAUUCCGAAGCGCUACGUGAAAUGGAGGAAAUCUAGCUCCUGCACGUCCGUCCAUAAGAUGGCGACGGUCGAGAAAUACAAGUUCCUCAAGGCACGCUCGUCUCCGAACAUAUCGAAGCGUUGCGACGAACAAUACAGCGACACGUUCCCGCAGAACGCGAGCGUGUUAGGCGAGCGUAACAAGCGUCUGUCGAGGUCGUACGCGUCAAUUUUCUCGAGAUCCGAUCACUUCUCUUCCUGCCCGUCCUCCGAGAGCGAGCACGACAGUUUGUCAAAUUGCUCGCCGUCCGCGAAAACUCUCUUCAAGAAAAAGUACACCUCCCUGUCCAAGUCCCUGUCGAUACCGUUCAACGGAAAAACCUGCAACGUACGAUCCGCGUCGCACGCCGCGAAAACCGGCCUGACAGAUUUCAAGCCACGGAAGGACAAGCCAUCAUGCGUCGUAGACGAGUCCAACGUGAACGUACUACCGAAUUUCGUGACGGCGUCGGCCUUCAUAGUCAAGACCGGCUGGUUCUGGACGUCCGUGCAGAAUGAAGCUGCCGCCGACGAGAAGGAGUAUCUGUUCGAGCACUAUCUGGAGAACGCUCGAUCCCCUACUGCAUCCGGUAGGCGAGAGAGCCAACCGCUCGCGGCGCAGAACCUGGCGUUGCCCAAAUUUCCGCACUGGCUUCCGUUGUCGAAUUUGCUGCAGAAUGGAGCGGACUCGCCGGGCAGUGUCAGCGGGAGCUUCCUGGACUGCACGACGAGUCCAGAUAAACAAAUGAUAGAUGAUGUUCCAGAGGUCGAGUCUUCCGACACAGAAAGCACUCGGGGGAAUCUGUCGCAGCGUCACCAAGUGUUUCUCGAGUUGGUAGAGACUGAAAACAAUUAUGUAGGUGUCCUCAAUACGAUUAUGACGCUAUUCAAAUUGCCGUUGGAGAAUCUUAUAGGAAAGAGCGGUAAGGAGCUGCUAAAUAGUACAGAGUUGAAAAUUAUAUUCGGCAAUUUCCCGCCGAUCUACGACGUUCACAAGCAGCUGCUGGAGGCCCUGCAUUACUUCGCCACUUACUGGACGGAAGACGUCAGCAUCGGCAACAUAUUCCUGAAAUUCGAGCCGGAUCUUGUUAAGGCGUACGCACCCUACGUUAAUUUCUUCGAGAACACGAAGCAGAUGUUGGAGGAGUGCGAUCAGAACAAACCGCGGUUCCACGCGUUCCUCAAGAACUGUCAGACGAAACCGGAAUGCGGUCGACAGAGCCUGAAGGAGCUGUUAAUCAAACCAGUACAAAGGUUACCCAGUAUUAGUCUAUUGUUAAAUGAUAUUCUUAAGCACACCGACAAAAGUAAUCGGGACUACAGCGCGCUGGAAGCUUCUAUUAGCUGUAUUAAGAAGGUCAUGACGCACAUAAACGAGGACAAGAGGAAGACCGAGCGCCAAUUGGCGAUAUUCGACAUCUUCAACGAGAUCGACAAUUGCCCGCCGCAUUUAGUCUCUUCGCACCGUUCGUUCCUCAGUAAGUGUGACGUGGUCGAAAUAACGGAGGGCCUCAGCGGACGAGGCGAUCAUCUCGUGCUGUUCCUGUUCACCGACACCCUCGAGAUAUGCAAGAAACGCUCCAAGGCGUUCAACGCCUUGAAGAGUCCGAACACGAUAAACGGCCUGCAGUCGAACAGACUGAGCCAGGGUAAACCGUACAAGCACAUCAAGUUGAUGCCGCUCAACACCAUACGAAAAGUCGUGGACAUACGAGAGACUGAGGAAUGCCACAAGGUAUUCGCGCUCGUGGUACGAAGCACUCAGGAACUGAAAGAGAAGUUAUUCUCGUUCGUGAUCACCGAUGAGGAAGUAAAUAAAACGACGUUUUUGCAGACUCUGUGCAGACAAAUGGCAAUUGUCGUUCGUAUACCUGAUGCUGAUACUUUGCUCCUUAAAUAUGACUCGCAUCAGCUUGAAAUUGGUAGUAGCGACGUAACAUCGGGAACGUUAAAGAAAACAAUUAAGAGCCUAUUUCAUAAUUUUUACCUGGAGUAUAUGGACCCGUAUGUGUUCCUACUCAAUAGCAUGUGUGAAACCACGUUACAUGUCCCACUACCAUUCGCGUCCCGCACGAGGGCGAGGGUCGGCCGAGCCUUCAGUUUUAACAAAACGCCAAGCAAGCUCAAUCGGGCGAUGUCGACGAUCAUGUCACCGUUUGGAGCGACGCACAGCCUUGCCCCGGCCAACCAGCAGAUAGCGCAGAUGCGGCUGGGCAGCUGCAACAACAUCAGCGAGCUGGAUAACGGUGGCUCAAGCUCUCCAAAUAGAGACGAUGUUCUAGUAGCGCCCAUGUCGGAUCAGCCGACUCGAAAGGCCCUCAGUAUGGCUUCGCUGCGAAGGUUGUAAUUUUGUACGCGACACGUCAUACGCACUUCCUUUUUGUGCCACGGUCGUUUUACGUAUUGUUUUUUUUUAACAAAGAAACGUGCAUUUUUAACAAACCACUGUGGUAUGUUAAACUAAUAUACAUAUACUUAUAUAUAUACUGUAUGUAUAUAUAUAUAUAUUGCCUAUAUGUCGACAUUAAGACAUUAAGCAUUAAUUAUAACUAAACGGAAACGACCCGAGGAGGACGCGCGCCGUUACGUUUCUCAGUCCUUUUGCAGUAUCCUAUGUUCAAAGUGUUUAAACUAAUUUCGUUAUCACUAUGGACAACAAACUAUAUAAUUAUACGAUACAAAAAUUUUCCGAACCACCACAUCGCGAAGUGUCCCCGCGAAGAAACGCGUCAUUAGAAAAUAAUGAUAUUACUGCUGUUAGUGCCAAUAAUGUCUAGCUAUUAUAAUUACUAUAUUGUUAUACUACGAUCAAUAUCCCUCUUUUAUUUAUUUCACGUGUUAAGUUGUAAUUUAUUGUACACACGCUUAUCCCGAGCCGCCGCACAAGCUCUUGCCGGCCGAUAAGUUACAAUUUUUCUUUUACGUUCCCAGGUAGUAGUGUCGGACGCAAGUCGGACGAAGCAAGAUCGUUGUAAUAUAACGGAAAACUAUUAGCUUCUUUUAUAUAUAUAUAUAUAUAUAUAUUCGCGAAAUCUCGAUCGUUACUGCAAUGACGAUCGGAAACGAGAACUCGAGCGAAUGUGUAAGUGUAUCCUAUAUGCGACCGGAGCUCACACGAAACACUUUAAAACAAUAAACGACAUUAUAUUUAUUUUUCGUUACUUUCGUUGAUACAUCCUGUUUUGUAACGCUUUACGUUACGUCGACUCCGUGAGAGAUAUGUUGUAUUCGUCCAGUGGAUUAAACAGAUGCUAAUACCUGAUCACAGCAUGAAACAAAAUGUGUUACCGUCUGGCUGGUAGUUCCUGUUCGUUUUCCGUUGUGUGCGUUUCUCAGAAACUCAGUCGUCAGAACUUGCCGCAGUUUCCACCAGUGUUUUAUUCGUUGUCUCUGAUUUUUUUCUUCUGUUUUUCCACGCAUUAGAAUUUGUUCAGCGGGAGUCCUACAGAGAAGGUCUGAUCUUUGAGCUGUGAAAAAGUAAAUAACGCUAUGCCACUGCUAUAUACCUCGCUUCGAUCAUCCAUUCGCGUUGUCGAUGCGAGUCGGUGCGGACGGUAAUGCAGACGAAUCCCUUUUACGAAUCUUGUUUGUAUUUUAGUCGAGGAGACGUAGUCGUAUGCGACAUGCCGAAACAAGUGUUCUUCUUGAGUAUAAAUCGCAUUGUAAAUAGUUAAAGUUAAGUAUGCCAGAAAGUAAUUGCGUAUCGUAAUAUGUAGAGAGAACAUUUUUUACUGCACGCAUAUAAGAUUAUCGUAAUGUCGUCUUGUAAUUUUCGCGCAGUUAUUUAUACGAUACAUUGUACUUGAUUGUAUAAAUUUAAUCUUUAUUAUGCAAAACGGAA